AAUAGAAAAAGCUUAAUUUUAGUUUCUUGCGAAUUUAAUUAAAGAAAAAUAAUUUAUAUUUUAAUUUUUAGUUAAGUUUUCGAAAAUUAAAUAAUUAUCUAUUAAAUGAAAAUACUUAUAUUCAAGAUUUAUAAAUGAAAUACUUUUCAAUAUAUAUUUAUUUGAUGAAAUAAGGGCUUGUUACUAUAUAUUUUAUAGAAAUUCAGGUUUAAGUAUUUAUAUUAAAGGGAUAAAAUAUUUAAUUAAUUAAAAAUAAAAUUAAUUAUUUCCUUUUUCUUCAAUUAAAAGCUCAAAUAACGCUUCAAGAAUAUUUUCGUGUAAAAUGCUUUUUUCUUAAUUUUCUUUAAGAGCAAUUUAAAGGUAAUUUUUUUCUUUAGAGAUGUAAAAAGAAGAAAUUCUACUUAAAAAUUCCUUAAGUAUUUAUUUAUUUAAUUUAGUCUUAUUUUUUACAUAUUUAACAAAUAUUUCGUUUAUAUUUAAAAAUAUUAUGUCUUUUUUAAAUUAAAUUGCAUUAUUUUUUAUGUUUUUUUCAUCGAAUUUAGUGUUUUUUUCAUCUAUUUUAGUGUUUUUUUCAUCUAUUUUAGUGCUUUUUUCAUCGAUUUUAGUGUUUUUUUCAUCGAUUUUAGUGUUUUAUUCGUCUAAAAUUGAAAUUUAAUCUAAAAAUUAAAAAAGAAUAUCAAAAAAAGAAUUAGCUCUAAAUUCUAGAAGUGUAUUAUUAUCAAGUUUAGUUUUAUUUUUUUAAUUUACACAUAAAAUUAUUUAAGUAAUCAAUUUUGCCAAUCUUUAUUUCAUUUAAUUAUUUUAAACGUGAAUUUCAUGAAGUACAUCUAUACAUUUAAAAUUGAAAGAAUUAAAUAUUUAAUUUUUCUAAAAAGUACAAAAUUCAAUCAUUUAAAUGAUUUUUUCAAUUGUAUCUUCAUUAUAAGACUAUGCAAAAUUAAAUACGAAAUCACUAAAAAUUUAAACGCCAAUAAAAUAGAGCUCUUUUUUUUCAAAAAUCUUAUCUAGAAUUAAUUAAAUUUUUUUUUAUUUUUCUUUUUUAUUCCCUUCUUUACAAAAUAAAUACCAGCCGAUAUUUUUUCCAUAAAUCCCAUGUUAAAAUAUGCAUUUUUCGCAAAUAUUCUCAAACACUUUUUAAUAUGGACAAUUAGUUUAGUUAAUUUCACUUAUUUAGUCUAUAAUUAAUUCCAUUUAGGUUUUGUUCUCGCUUUUCUUUUCAAGAAUACUGCACAUUUUUUUCUAUAAAAUCAUGCCUAUUUCCAUAUCUUAUUCGAUUUUUUUAGAUGAAAUGUAUAUUUCUUUAUUCAAACCGUGUUCUAUUAAAUCAAUAAUCCUCACUAAAAAACUAGCUUAUAUAUCUUCGUCUUCCAAAACACUCAAAUAGUCCUAAAUUAAGCUAAAAUAACCUCCAAAAUCAUUCAGAUUUUAAGGAAAAUACUUCUCAUCGGGCCAAUGUAAUUAAUUAUAGCUUAGGCAUUCUUCAAUUUCUGGGUCAUUUUGUUUCUCGUUUUUCACUUUUUUUAAAUAAGAGAAAUAUUCUUGAGGAAUAUUAACUUAAAUAUGUGGUUCAUCUUACAAAUAAAAAGCGAAUUUUUUAUGAUUGGGGACAUUAUCUCGGAAUCUCCAAACACAAACAGCCCUUAAUUAAUCCCAAUUUUAUUUUUGUUCUAUUUUUUAAUAAUAAAGGACCAAAAGUAAUAUUUUUAGAAAAAAUUAAUUCGGUUUAUCAACCCAUUUACCUUUUUUUUCGAAAAUGUAAUCCCUGACUAUUUAAUAAGGAGUCAAUUUGAUAUUUUGCUUUAUUUAUUCAGUUAUUUAGGCUAUUUUUAUCACAUAUUUGUUUUAUUCAUUAUCUAUAGAUAUUAUAAGUUCGCUUUUGGGAUUUUUUUCACUUUAUAAAAAAAAAUGGUAGUAUCUUGUAUAUAUAUCAUAUGAUUCUUAGUCAUUAUUGAAAGCUAUUUCUAAGGCAUUAUCGCUAUUUAUGUCUUUUUGGAAUAAAUUUGAUACUUUAAAUAUUCUGUAUAGUAAUUAUAAGUUAUUUAUAAAUGGAAAAUAUUUAAAAAUCUUGACAAAAUUAUCCCAAAAGGAACUUUUUUCACGCUUUCCUUUAUAAUAUUUUUAUAUUUAGUAUUUUCUUAUUUUUUCUAUUUUGAUUAGUCUUUGGAUUUAGUUAUCUUAUAUUUCGUUUAUGUUUUGAGAGUUAAGAGAUUUUUCUUGGAUUUCUUUUAGGCUUUGAAAGUCUUUUUCUAUUUAUUGGUAUAUUUAUGAAAGAUUUAUUGUUUAAU